GCAUAUGACGUGUAGGUCGAUAACUUUUUGGAUAUGCGUUAAUUCGCAUUACAUUACUUUUGUACUUUAAUAUUUCAUCCCUUUUAUACAUUCCUUUUAUUCGACUGCAUUGUAUUCAUUGCUUAAUUAAUCACAACUUUGUUGUAUUUCCCAUAUUCAGGUAGCAGAACGUUAGGUGAGCUAACGGUAGUGGGAGAAUCGGCAACGUUGCCAACGUCGCUUGUUUAGUUUGCAACGUUGCGGUUGUUCGUUGGUCAGGCAUCGGCAGUGUAGUCAGUUCUGGCAUAUUUAUCAUAAAUAUAACCUGUUUUCACGUGGCGAGAAGUUACUACACGACUGCCAGUCUGCCAGAAAGCUUCUCACACAAUAAUAUAAUAUUGAAAGAUAUUUAAUAAACAACAUAAAUGAACAGUGACAUUUUACUGUGCUCAAUUUUAUAAUGGAGAAAGCACAAACUGGAACAGUGCAUAAUUUAGAAUCUAGUUCCACAGUCUCAAGUGUCAAUAAAAUUGACAUUGAUGAAUUGUCGAAAGAGAAAGAAGAAGAAUUAUUAUUUGGUGCGGAGGAAGACGGGGAGGAUGAAGAUACAUUGUCCGAUGAUAGUUUACGCUUGAGAUUAUCUGACGAUGAUGAGAUUGAGCGAGAGGACGCUACAAAUAUCGCGGAAUUAAAGUCGCAAAGUAAAACAGCUGAUCAGCCAAUUUUAGAUACAAUCAUAGAGAAGACAUUGUGCUCUGACGUGCAACAGACUGUGGAAAUAGUUUCUAAGCCUGAUGAUGAUAAAGCGACGCAGGACGAGCAUAAUAUAGAGGAAAGGGAGAAUGGACGACAAAAGCGGAAAACUGCUAAAAAUGCAGAAGAAAUAAUUAGGAAAAAAUUUCUUAAUAGUGAUAGCGAUUCUGACGAUACUGAAGAACUUGUAACAGUAAAUCAUAAACUAAAUAAGGAUAUACGUCCUGCAUCACCUCCUUCGUUGAAACGUUGCUCAGAAAACGAGAUUUUUAAUGGUAAUAAUAAGAAAGUGAAAAUGAAUAGCUUGGAAGAAAAGAAAGAUAUCACACAAUUAUCCUUUGUUGAAAAAUUUUUUCGAAGAGAUCUUAAAGAGAAAUUACCAAAACUUACACAAGAGGAAUUAGAGGAGCUUCUGAUUCAAAAGAUUGUCGAAACGAUCACGAUGCGUAGUGAAAUUGGACAACUUAGAGAACAAGCUCGUAUGUCAGAGAAAUACCAAGAAAUAACGCGUACGAAGAUGCAACAAUUGAUGAAACAAGUGAAGGACUUCAAGAUGGUUUUGGAGCGUAAUGAAAUAGAUCGUCGUGCGAAUCCUGACAAAACUGUCGCGCCUAUAAAAAUAAACAGAUCCGUCGGCUUACAAGUCAACUUUAUAACGGAACACGGAGUACAGAAUUUGCGGCAAGCCGCGAAUACUAAGUCUGUAGGAAAUGCCACGAACAAUAUGAACGUCGCGAAUGCUACGAACACCACAAAUGUCACGAGUGCCACGAACGCCACGAAUGCCACGAAUGCUACGAAUAGUUCUAUAUCUACCGAAGUGACGAAUAACAAUACAAUAAGUCCAAGACGCGGAAUCAAAAUAAGAUCGCCUGUAGUAAGUCGGCCUGUAGUGACCAUGUCUACUCCUAUAAUUACGCAGAGUCCAGUCCAAACGACGGUUAUUCCUGCUGUAACACCUGCAGCUUUAGUUGUUGCUAAACCGUUGGACUCUUCCAAUCAGCCUACCAGCACUCUUCAGCCAAUCUUACCUGCUCCGCAACAACAUCAGAUUCAACCGCAAUCACAUCAGACUAUUGUUUUAAAUGGCAAAAUACAAAAUCAAGUGAAUCGUCCGACAUUGAUAGCUCCAAAGCCACGAAACAGUGAUUUUAUCGAUCUCACGGACGAAAAGGACGAAAAGAAUAAAUUAAAUGCAAAAGUUACUACAACUACAACUUCUAUAAUCGAACAAUUGAAUGCAACAUCGAAACCUACGCAGUCCUUCCAAAGGGUAAUACAAGCAAUACCAGCAAAUGUGAUUGCGACGACGCAACCGGCUAGUAUAAAAGUGAUAACAACUAAUCAACCAUCAGCAUCAGCUGCCCUUGUUAAUAAUGUAAAUCCGCCCAGACUAGCGUACGUGAUGCAGAGUAGCACAGGUUCACCGAGACAAGUACUAAUAGCAAAUACUAAUCAACAGGUACAGAUACGGCCGGUAAAUACACCUAAUAGACCACCAUUUUCUGUUGCUUAUAAGACAGGAGUAUCAACAAUCGCGAAUGGUGCUGUGCGCGUCCUAACCACGCCAGUUUUACCGAACAUACAAAUAAAUAAGCAUCCAGCACCACUACCAGACAUUCCAAAUUAUACGGUGACACCUGGUUUGAAACUUCCACCGCCCGCGCCAUCGUUGAAGAUCUCAAAAGUAGCAAAUGGUAUAGUGCUAUCUUGGAAUAUGAAUUUGUCAGACAAAUAUGCCGAUAUCGCCAGUUAUCAGUUAUAUGCCUACCAAGAAGUUACUGGUAUGAAUCCUAGCACAUCGCUAUGGAAAAAAGUGGGUGAUGUACGUGCACUACCACUUCCUAUGGCGUGUACCUUGACUCAGUUUUCAGAGGGUAAUAACUAUUACUUUGCAGUCAGAGCGGUCGAUACACAUUCUAGAAAAGGACAGUACAGUAUACCGGGCAAUAUUUCUUUAUAAAGGAGUAAUAAGUUAUCGAAAUCUUCAUUUAGUCCCUGUUUCUCGUUUAUUUUUUUAUUCUUGCGUUCAACGCUUAUUGUGAUAAAAAUAGCCUAUAAUGUUUCACAAUAACAUAGUAUACAACAAAUCUGUUUCGACGAUUAAUAUAGCUAAUUUCUAUUUUUUAACUACCGAACAUAAAUACGGUAAUCACUACUUCCGUUAAUAUUACAUCCAUAAAUGCUUCCAUAAUGGCACAUAUAAUUUAUUGUACAUAAUUCCCAACUUUAUAAUAUAUAUGUUUUGUCUUUUUAUUCAUUUCUUUUAACAAGUGAAUUUUUAUACAUCCUUUUGAGGUAAAAUAUUGAUGUUACAACAUAAUUGUAAUUUUUUAAAGGAAGUUUUAUGAUAAAUUUAAGAAAUUAUCUGAAUGUUUUUGCUCUCUGAUUUGCUCACAAAUAAACUACUAGACAACACGUAUGUCUAAAAUUGGGACAUAAGAUGAUUUAAAGGCAUCUUAAAGAUGUCUUUCAGCAUGACAUGACUUAAAGACAUUUUUUAAUUGUUUUUAAAACAUUUAAUGAUCCAAUUUUAGACAUGGUGUCUGAGCUGUCGUCACACUAUGGAAAAUACAAAAUUUUAAUCAAACAGAUUCAUAUACAAUUCAAACGUACAUAAUUUGAAGACUGGUUAAGUUUUUAGGAAGUUUUGAUUUUUUAAGGAAGUAAAUAUUAUUUAUGGUUAUCGAAGGUUCUAUGGGGAUUAUAUAUGCUUGAUUGUUUGCGCCGAGUGUCUGAACGCUAACUGAAAAAUAGUGAUAGACAUAACAAUUGUAGUAAAGUGAGGAAUGUUUUGUAUAUUAUGUAUUUAAUCUUUUUUUCUUGGUAUAAUUUUAUUUCAUUGUUGGAUGAAGUGUUCAUAAUGGGAUAAAAAGUAAUUAAAGCAGAAAUGUGAUCUGUAUGACUUUAUAUAUUUAUGUAUAAAAUCAUGUAUUAAAAUGAUAUAUUCAUUGCUUAUCACAACAUAAGUCCUCAUAACAAACACAUUGGGGUUUUUAACUUUAUUAAACAUAAGAUGCAUGUUAAUAGUAUAAUUUUUGGUUUUGUUAAAAUUAAUACAAGAACUUGAUAUUAAUCAGUUUUUGCUUUUUGAAACAUAUUUUGGUCGAUAUUGACAUUACUCUGUUGGUAUUUGGCGAUUUAAUCUGCGUUUGGAAUCUGUAGGCACUUUGUGAUAAAGAGAUCUGCUCAGGAUUUGUUAACAAACUCGUCGCAUUGCCACCAAUUGCUAUUGCCAGAAUUGCUCUAGUGUUUGCCUUUAAUUUGACUUCCACCAGUUCUGAUAUAGUAUCGUCUUCCAAUUUGACCUCAGAAUACGUUCUUCAAAUUUAAUUUUCAUUGAAGACUAACUGAGGACACAAGCGCUUACUUUGGCAUUAUUAUUUUUCUGACAUUUCCGUUUUUCGUUUGAUAACAUUCCACGACCAAAAUGCAUAAUAUGUAAAAAUUGUUCUUCACUCAAUAUAUUGGAUUUUCAUUAGAAUUCUCUUUGUUUACAAGUAACUAAAAAAUGACAAUUUUUAAGUAUUUUAAUAAUAAUUACGUUGUAACAAAUGAGUAUAUUUUUAUAUAUUACAUUACGUUACAUUUUUUAUAAAAUUUUAAUAACAUGCAUUUGUGUAAUUUUCAAUGUGUUUUUAUUCAGAUAAAUCUACUCUAAUAAUUUAUAUGCAACACCUGCUAAUGACCAGAGCAUUCCCUACUUUAUACGAAAAUUAUCUUAUUCUCUAUUAUAGUUUUCCGUUCAACGUUCAAUUGCAAAUGAUCAAACAGGGCGUGCCGCCUCUAUUCUCUUCAGGUUUAGGUAAUAUUAACGAUGUAAGAUCGAAAAACCUUCCAUAGUCCAUGUUUUCUUUCUGAAUAAACAGGCACUAACUAAAUUUAAUUAUUAUGUAAUUUAGUAUUUUUUAGGCCGCUUGGUAUUUUCUUGGAUUAUGUUUUUCAGUGUAGUUUCCUCAGUAAUCUGCUACAAAGUAGUGGUUACUCGAGGUAAUAUAAUUUGCUCAAUUUUUUACAAAACUAAAUUUAUAAAUGAGUAUUUAAUGUUAGUGUAUAUAUUAAGAAAUUCUCUUUUAACUCUCUGCAGCACUGUGGAUAUACUCGGAUGUCCAAAAAAUAUAUUUCUAGCACCUUGAAAAUUGUAUCCUUUAGAUAAUUUAAUGUGCUUAAUUUGCAGUUUAUAUAAAAAAUUUGAAUUUUAGACAUUUAAAUUUUUCCUUUAAAAUGACAUUUCUAAAAGAUAUUAAUAAAUGAUAGUCUAAUUUUGAAAGUUUAAAGUUUGGCCCACAACUUAAUCUGUCAUUAAAAAUUUUUUAAUUUUGACUUUAAAUUUGUAAUCAGCGAUCUAAGAAAUCCCCUAGAUAUUAAGUUUCAAAGGAAUCGAUCAGAUAUAUUCUAUGUGCUUCAAAGAGUUAAUAAAUAAGAAACUCAUUAUUUAAAUCAUUCAUGUGUAAAUAUUAAUGUGUACAUAUACAAGGAGACCUUAAAUAUUUUAGAGAUUUUAAGUGUGAUCACAUUAAUUAAAGACGAAAACUUUAUAUGAUAAUGUCUGAAAUGGUUUAGUUUUAGAGAUACUUGGUAACAAAAUUAAAGAAAAUUUUUUACUGAUUAUUUAAAACUAUGUUUAAUUAUAUAUAUAUAUAUAUAUAUAUAUAUAAAUUUAAGAGAGGACAUAAAAGACUCAUCUUUUUAAAAGACACAAGACUCUUUCAAAUUAAACUGUUUCAGAUGUGUGAUCAAGUGAAAUUUUCAUUUUAAACUAAUGUGAAAAAUCAUCCUUUAAAAUCUUUUAGAUUACUUAAAACCAACCUAUAUACAUCGUAUGUUUUUGUUACAUGGAAAACGUAAAUGUUCAGAUAGACAAACGUGCAGAACGUAACAUGUGAAUAUUUUCUGUAUUCUUUAUGAUGUCAUUAUAAAAGCAUAAAAUUAUAAAUAAUUUAAAUAUACCUAUUACAAUGUCAUAUUGUAGUUUACAUAUUUCACAAUAUAGCAAUAUGUUUCUAUUUUGUUAUAAACGCAUAAUUAAAUGCAUAUAUAAAAUGUUAAUAAUAAAAAAUUAAAUUUUAUUUGUAUUAUUUACGGGAGCAAUAAUUGAAGCAAUCCAUUUGACGAAUGUUAAUUCGUUAUAAUUUAUGAGGUAGUUGCGUUUUUACUUAAAAUUUGCACGUUUUCAUACAGGAACAUGUAGCAUUUUGUUAGCAUAAAAAUUGCAUAUUACAGUUUUAAUUUUAGCUAAGUAUUAGCUCCAAAUUUUUGUACAUAAAAUGUCGAUAUGCUGUCAUUUUGUUUAUUAGAUUUUCUUAUGUUAGAUUAUGUAGAUUGGUGGCAGAAAUCGAGCAGUCUGUUAACAUAAUAUUAAGAUAGAAAUUGAUUAUGGUUUGUGUUGACAUUGAAUGCAGUAAUUAUAAGAUUGGCUAGGUGGUUCCAUCUGGAGCGUAUAAAACGUGACAAGUUUUCUAAAUAAUCACAGUUUAUAUAAUCAGAACUUGGACAUAUUGUAAUUAUUCAUGUAUCGUUUAUACAUGCACUUGAAUCACGUAAAAUGUUUUUUUUUGUACCAAGGAAGCUAACCAUAAUAGAAAAUAAUCUUUUGGUAAAAAGGAAAAGAGCCAUAAUACAUGCUUUUCAGAAUCUAUAUAACUUAUAUUAUUCUAAUAUCUAUUUACAUUAAUAUUAUUUUAAUAUCUAUUAUGUAAUUGUAGACAAUACGUUGAUUUUUUAUUCUAAUAAUGUCUGAUUAAUUGCGCUUUGUUUCUAACAAAAUAAGUAACAUAUUACUAUUUUUAGCAUCAAAAGAACACUAUCAUGUUGUUAUAUUUAUUUCAUAUGAGAACUGCGUUUAGAAAUAUCCGAGUGCCUCCAUUUAUCAUUUUAUUUUUAUUGUUCGCAGAAUUUGAAAUAAGGAUAAAAUUUAAAUUUGCAAAUUUCGUUACUAUGCUGGCAUUUGUCUAUCUGAAUGUUUGUGAUUCUUAUUAAAAUCUUAGUGAACUUCACUACUUGGCGUGUGAUAAGAUAAAUAGUUAAAUUAAUCAUCCCUUUUGUAUUUAAUGCAGUAUGAAUACAAUAAACUUUUCAACUAA